AUGGUUCCCUCUGAGACGCUGCUUUCCGCCGAGGACUUUCCCGGCUCUGAAAAGCUGAUAGCGAAUCCGUUGUCCUGUGGGGGCACCCUAGUGAAUAAUGGCUCUAGCCUGUCCCAUGGGUCGGGUAGGCCGUACCAACCUGAGAGAACCUCUCUCGGCGUUCCAGUAUGGUAUGAAGGCACUGUCCUAAGAUGUCCGGCCUCAGCAGCCACCCACUUAUCAUUCAUUGUGAUGCGGAGGAAGAAGUCGUCCGGUAGGAACAGCACGCAGUUGGGAAUCUGA